AUGCGCACUCCCUCCCGUCGCCUAACUGCACUCCCUUCCGUCGCCUAUGCGCACUCCCUUCCGUCGCCCACACGCACUCCCUGCCGUCGCCCACACGCACUCCCUCCCGUAGCCCACACGCACUCCCUUCCGUCGCCCACACGCACUCCCUUACGUCGCCCACACGCACUCCCUUCCGUCGCCCACUCGCACUCCCUGCCGUCGCCCACACGCACUCCCUCCCGUCGCCCACACGCAACCCCUUCCGGAGCCCAUGCGCACUCCCUUCCGCCGCCCAUGCGCACUCCCUUCCGCCGCCCAUGCGCACUCCCUUUCGUCGCCUCCUCAUCCCUCACCGCACGUUCCCCGUUUCCUCUCCCGAUCGCCCUCUCCCUUAUUUCCCUCCAUAGCCUCGAUCCUAUUCUUCUCCCGCCCCCUCUCCCAUGUUUCUCCCCUUCCCGCCCCCACACCCUCAGCCCAACAGGGACAACCGGAAGUGCGUGCUACAGCUGCUGCUGUGCUCGUGCUACAGAUCAGCCCUCCUUCCCCCCACCCUCUGCUCUCCUUCCCCCAACCCUCAGCCCUCCUUCCCCCCCACCCUCUGCUCUCCUUCCCCCCACCCUCAGCCCUCCUUCCCCCCCACCCUCUGCCCUCCUUCCCCCCACCCUCAGCCCUCCUUCCCCCCACCCUCAGCCCUCCUUCCCCCCACCCUCAGCCCUCCUUCCCCCCACCCUCUGCCCUCCUUCCCCCCACCCUCAGCCCUCCGUUCCCCCACCCUCUGCCCUCCUUCCCCCCACCCUCAGCCCUCCUUCCCCCCCACCCUCUGCCCUCCCUCCCCCCACCCUCAGCCCUCCUUCCCCCCACCCUCAGCCCUCCUUCCCCCCACCCUCAGCCCUCCUUCCCCCCACCCUCUGCCCUCCUUCCCCCCACCCUCAGCCCUCCUUCCCCCCACCCUCAGCCCUCCUUCCCCCCACCCUCAGCCCUCCUUCCCCCCACCCUCAGCCCUCCUUCCCCCCACCCUCAGCCCUCCUUCCCCCCACCCUCACGCCUCCUUCCCCCAACCUCAACGCUCCUUCCCCCCACCCUCAGCCCUCCUUCCCCCCACCCUCUGCCCUCCUUCCCCCCACCCUCUGCCCUCCUUCCCCCCACCCUCUGCCCUCCUUCCCCCCACCCUCUGCCCUCCUUCCCCCCACCCUCUGCCCCAUACCGCAUCACCCCAUCCCAAGAGCACCCCAUUCCGCCCCACCCCACCUCAAGGUCUGCUAUGCAUCUGGUUGUGAUGGGCUGGCUGUCUGA